AUGUCUACUCCAAUCAAUCAGGAAGAUACCAUCCAGAACUUAGUAGAUCUGAUCAAGAAGUUUAGCAAGUGCAAAGGAAAUAUCCAGGAAAAGAUUGAUACCAUUAACUACAUGGGAGAGUACCGAGUCAAUAGGGAUAUCCUGAAAACAACUCUUGCUGGGAAGAAGAUGACUACUUGGUCUAGGAGCAAGAAUAAAGAAAUCAAAGAAGCUGCCAAAAGAGUCUUGAAUGAGUGGAAAACCCAGAUUAAAGGAGUGAAUAAGAGUUCAGGAAGUAGUGGAAAAAGUACUCGUUCUGGCUCUACCCAGUCUCAAAAUAAGAGUCUGAGUGAAAAAGGUGCAGAAGAGAAAGGUUUAGUUCAUCCUGAUUCAGUGGUGCCAGAUGACUCAAAACCUAAUUCUAACUCUAGUGAGGAUGAGAAUGAAGGAAAAGAUGAUGAAACAAAGAGUCCUGAAGAUGAAGAAGACUAUGAUGAAUUCAUACUCAAUAAUGAGACUGAGGACAAGGUCAGGAAUGGGAUUAGAAAAGGUCUUGAAAAACUCCUUUGUAAGUCCAAUGAAAAUCCAAAGAAGUGCAAAGCGUUGUCAAUCAAAAUCGAAAAUUCAGUUGUGCUUAGACUAGGGACUCAUUUAAAAGAGUAUACGAAUAAAUGCAGAAGCAUCAUUGCAAAUCUACAAAGAAGUGAUGAAUUUAGAAGCAAGAUUAUCAACGGGAUUUUCACUCCAGAUGACCUAGCUGCAAUGAACCCCAGAGAUUUCUUAGAAGACUCAUUGAAAAAGAAGAGGGCUAAAAAGGAGACCAGAAUAAUAGACUCAAAAAGGUCAGACUAUAUCCUCGCUAACAGUAAGAUUAAGGAAGGAAUGUACACUUGUGAGAAAUGUAAGAGCAAGAAGACUACUUUCUACGAGCAGCAGACUAGAUCUGCUGAUGAGCCAAUGACUACCUUUGUCCAAUGCCUUAUGUGUAGCCACAACAUGAAGUUCUAAUUUUUACAGAUA